AUGGCUAUCCUUGACAUCACAAAAGACCUGCCCACACUCUUUAAGCAACAAGUACAGGCAACCCCAGAUGCCAUUGCGCUGGAGGACGAUGCCACAACCUACACAUACACCCAAUUAGAUCAGGAAGUUGAAACUCUCGCCAAUCGUUUACGGACUUAUGGAGUGAGCCGGGACACACUCGUGGGUGUGCUCCUGCCUCGCAGCGCUCACUAUGUGAUUGCCUGUUUAGCAGCCCUCCGCGCGGGUGGUGCUUUCCUUGUUCUUGAAUUGGCCUACCCCGCCGAUCUCUUGGCAGAUGUGAUUGAGGAUGCUAACCCCGCCGUUAUAAUCACCCACAAGUCUGAAACCGAGAAGAUCAAAGCGCCCGUUCCGUUGAUCGCCCUCGAUGCACCCGUUGCCGAAACCAAUGGAUACGCCAAGGAACCUGCGCCAUUGCCAGCAGAUGACGAUCUGGACCGUUUGGCGUUUGUGUCCUAUUCGUCAGGAACGACUGGAAAGCCCAAGGGAAUCGCCAAUCCACACCGUGCCCCUGUCUUGUCAUACGAUCUGAGAUUUGCAGUUCAAGAUGUGCAACCAGGAGAUCGGGUGGCCUGCAACGUCUUCUUUAUUUGGGAGAUGUUGCGGCCACUCCUGCGCGGAGCCACAGUCGUGAUCGUGCCUGACGAAUCGAGCUACGACCCCGCGGCUCUCGUUGACUUGCUCGCAGCCAAAAAGGUUACUGAAACGUUGAUGACACCCACUCUUUUGGCCACUGUUCUUUCCCGCUAUCCCCGAUUUGGUGCCCGUGUGCCGGAUUUGCGCAUUGUCUGGCUGAAUGGUGAGGUUGUUACUACCGAUCUUGCUCGCAAGGCCAUCAAAAUUCUUCCCAAUACCCGCCUGCUCAACUGCUACAGUGCGUGUGAAACGCACGAGAUUGCAUGCGGAGAUAUCCGUGAUAUAGUUGAUGACGACUCUAUCUACUGCCCAGUCGGCCCGCCGAUUGAUCCUGCCCAUACCUACGUUCUAAACGAGGAUGGUCAGGAGGUAGAGGAGGGAACAUCGGGAGAACUGUUCAUUGGAGGUCCCCUCCUAGCACGGGAAUAUAUCAAUCUUCCCGAGGCCACUGCCAAGGCCUUUGCUCCUGACGCAUUCGAUACUACACCCGGCGCUCGCAUGUACAGGACUGGCGAUUUGGCUCGCAAAUUGCCUUCUGGAUUCCUGGAAAUUACUGGCCGUGUCGGUGCCAUGAUCAAGCUACGUGGUUACUCUGUUGUUCCAGCAAAGGUUGAAAGUGACAUCUGCCAGUACUUGGCUGUCACUCAGUGCGUCGUCACUGCGUAUGGGGAUGGUCUGGAACGCCAAUUGGUUGCGUACGUUGUCGCGGAUAAGGAGGCUUCGUCCGAUCGCCCUCCGGUCACGAUAAAUGAGUCUGGCCACAGCCCUUCCGCGCGUCGUGCCCUCGAAAACCACCUCGCACAAUACAUGAUUCCGGCUCUCUGGGUUUCACUGGACCAAUUGCCUACUAAUGAGGUUUCCGGCAAGAUUGAUACCAAAAAUCUUCCUCCCCCUCGCACUUCCAGCCCCAAUGGCAGCGAGUCAAGCGCAGGAAAAGACCCAAUCGGUCUUAAUGACAUCGCAGCAAUCUGGGAGGCAGUACUCAAGGUUUCAAAGAACUUGAUCAAGCCUGAAGAUAGCUUCUUCGAUUUGGGCGGUCAUUCUUUGUCCCUGGCAGAUCUGGCAUCUAAGCUUUCCAGACGUUUCGGCUUCCGCAUUCCUAUUCCCCGUCUCGCGGAGAACACCACUCUUUCCGGCCACUUGGACACUGUCCGUGCCGUCAGAGAUGGUCACACUGAAGAGGUACAGGCAAAUCUCCCGGCAGUUUUGCUUUCUGACGCCACACUCGAUGAGGACAUUAAGCCCACAAAUACCGCGAUCACUUCCCUCACCUCGGCCGAUACGGUGCUUUUGACUGGUGUGACCGGCUUCUUGGGCGCUUUCUUGUUGAAUGAUUUGAUUGAGAAUACCUCAGCCAAAAUUAUUUGUCUUGUGCGUUUCAGCGACCCCGAACAGGAUGACCAAGCCGGGGGUGUAGCCCGAAUCCGCAGAAACCUUCUCGAUAUGGGACUGUGGCGCGAUUCGAUUCUCGAGCGCCUGGAAGUCCUGCCAGGAAACCUUUCUCGGCCUCGACUGGGUCUGGCUCCAGAGGAAUUUGACAAUAUUGCAGCUCGUGUCCAAGUCAUCGUUCAUGCUGCAGCCACUGUCAACCUUGUUUAUCCCUAUGCUGCACUUCGGGGCGCCAACGUUGGUGGAACCAGAGAAAUUCUUCGGUUGGCUGCCAAGGGUGGUGCUACCGUGCAGUAUGUAUCUACCAAUGGUGUCUUGCCCCCAUCGGGGGAGAACGGCUGGUCCGAGACUACCGUGCUUGAUGUGGAAGAUGUUCCCAAGAAGCUGCUCGACGGCUAUGGACAGACAAAAUGGGUGGCAGAGCAGCUCGUUCUCAAGGCCGGUGAACGUGGAUUGCCCGUCAAGAUUCAUCGAUGUGGUACCAUCAGUGGUCACAGUGUUACUGGCUCCGCGAAUGCAUGGGAUCUGCUCACUGCAUUGAUUGUCGAAUCCAUUCAAAUUGGAUACGCACCAGACGUGGAGGGAUGGCGAGCCGAGAUGACCCCUGUGAACUUCGUCAGCAAAGCCAUUGUUCACCUUGCCACACAGACUCAGACAGACCAAACUUUGUUCCAUCUUGGUGAUCCCAAGCCAGUCGAUACACGCUCGGUCUUUGAUGAUCUCAAAGAGCUUGGUUACGAGACACAGCCCCUCCCCUGGGACGAAUGGGUAGCUUUGUGGUUCGAGAAGAGAGGCACAGCCAAGGGUGGUGACGGUUCAUUUACCGUUGACAUUCUUCGCAGUGGCAUGCCGACCGUUGAGUUCCUUCGAGACAUCGUGGUGCUCGAUAACGCCUUGACCAGACCUUUCCGUGACGUUAUUGAGCGCCCUAAGGUGGACAGCCUGUUAUUGGAGACAUACACUCGCCAUUGGUUUGCUCGAGGAUGGCUUCCCCGGCCUCCAUCCCGUCAGCAUGCCCUCAAGCAGUCGACCGAGGUUUCCGUUAAGGGACCACUCAGUGGUCAAGUCGCUGUGGUGACUGGUGCAUCUUCUGGAAUUGGCGCGGCGGUAGCAGCUGCUCUAGCCAAACAGGGAUGCGCUGUAGCCCUGGGUGCUCGGCGACUGGAUGCUCUUGAGAGCACCAAGCGCAAGGUUGAGGCCCAUGGCGUCAAAUGUAUCCUUCGAUCAACCGAUGUUACCUGCAAGACUCAGGUUGAGGCUCUCGUCCAGGCAGCAAGUGAGGAGCUCGGUCCAGUUGAUAUUUUGGUUGCGUGCGCCGGUGUCAUGUACUUCACAAUGAUGGCAAACACACAGACGGAUGAGUGGGAGCGCACAGUCGACGUCAACUGCAAGGGUCUCUUGCACUCCCUUUCUUCCACAGUUCCCGGCAUGCUCUCGCGCGGUCGCGGCCAUGUCGUUGCCAUCUCCUCAGAUGCCGGACGUAAGGUCUUCCCUGGUUUGGGUGUGUACUCAGCCAGCAAGUUCUUCGUCGAAGCCACUCUUCAAGCCCUCCGUCUCGAGACUGCAGGCGCUGGCUUGCGCGUAACAAGCAUCCAGCCUGGCAACACUUCCACAGAUCUGCUGGGCAUGUCGACGGAUGCCGAAGCCGUGAAGAAAUACGGAGAGCCAACCGGAGCGAAGAUCCUCGAUCCCUCAGAUGUUGCCAAUUCCAUUGUUUACGCCCUGACUCAACCCGAGCAUGUAUCCGUCAAUGAGAUCCUGGUUGAGCCCCGUGAUGAGCCCAUUUAA